ACAAAACAUUUAAACUACGCAUUAAGCUUGUGCGUGGGAAACGAUUCGUGUUUAAUUUUUAGUUGUAGAGCCAGUCGCUUCAGCGAAGCAUUAAACAAAGUUGCAAUAUCUCGAACAGCAGGCUGUUAGCAUUAGUCUAGAACAAUAAAAGGUUGCGAAAACAAGUGCAGCAGCAGAGAAACAGCGCCAAACGAAAAGUAAAACGCAUUUUUCCUUACGCAUACAUUGACACAAAAAGCGAAUAGACACACACACACACAUACGGAAACGUUAAGGGCCAAAAUAACUCGGGCAAAAAUUAAAAAAAUAACUUAAGCCGAGAAUAUAGGCAAUAACAAAAUCAAGUUAUUUUUGGUGUGACGUGUUGAACACUCCCCGCACUCACACACACUCGCAUCCAUACAAAAUACCGAUAUAAACAAAAUGUCUACGACACCAAAAUCUGAAGAUUUGCUGGGUGAAUCUUGGAUUGAACUGAGCACGACGGCUGCAAUGGCUGGCAUCAAGAGCCCCGACAGAAUCACACCGCUGCCAUUUAACAAUGGCGAGGAGUACUUGCGACUGCUGCGCGAGGCUCAGCGCGAAUCGAACCAGUCGAGCCGUGUCGUCUCCUUGGCCAGUUCUCGUCGUGAUACGCCCCGUGAUAGCCCCAAAAGUCCACCGAACAGCCCACAGUCGGAGCUCUGUCCGGACGAUGAGCUCAGAAAUGUCUACAUAAACUACUGGACCAAGGCUGGAGAUAAACAGAAUGCAGACAAUGGUGAUUGGUUGAAGAACUGGAAUCGCAAUGCCGAAGAGCAGCCACCCAAAAACUGGAAAUUCGAGUCGGUCAGCAACACAGACGGCGAAGAGGAUGAGAAAAAGAAGACUACAACUGGCUACUCCAUUCGCUUGAAGCGUCUGGGCGCCAACUCGCUGUUCUCCCGCGAAAUCCUAUACUCGCUGCUGGUAACCAAUGUCCUGUCCCUGCUUCUGGGAGCCGGUUUUGGAUUGUGGUUGAGCAAGCGCGGCAUACUCCUCACUCGCGUGGUCAUUGACUGAAAGAUGCCAUAAACAAAAAGAAAAAACGAAUUCAGAAGAAACAGCAGCAGAAAGUUUAUAAAAACGUUUUCAAUCUAUCAAUAUGCACACAUCAAUCGAAAAAACAGAAGACGAAUCGAAGCGUUCCAUAUAAGAUGUCGGAGUAUACAUACAUAUAAUAUAUAUAUAUACAGCCAACCGUAUUCCAACUCACUUUGUAUUUCUGAUCGAAGGUCUACAUUUUCGGCCACAUCUCUCUCAUUCAGUACAUACCUUAUAACAAUGUUAAUUCGUAAGCUACACUGGCCGUCUGGGCUCCGCGGGUUGAACAGUUUUUUUUUAAAUACAUAUUUUAUAUACAUAAUUUUAUAUAUAUUUAACACGAGAUACUAUAUCAAGGCAGAGAUAUCCAAGCGAGUAGGGCAUUUAUAGAGGCAUUACUUGCCCUAUACCCUUUGCUUUUAGCACCCAAUCGUAAUCGUAACCGUAAUCCAAUACAAAUGUACGCCAAACUCCAUUUGAAGAAUAUCAACUUCAUUGUCCAUCAUACAUCCAUCAUAUACAUAGAACCAUCAUUACAUUCGUAGGCAUAUUGUAGUUGAAUAAUAAUCUGUAAUCCAGGUCAUACUUUUUGUUGUGCAUUCGUAAUAUGUUGUUUUGACGAUUUUUCUAGCAUAUAGAAAAAUCGCGAUAAAUAAAACAAAAAAAUCAGAUAUGGCAAACAUA